UGUAGGAGCCGUGGGUGGAUGGGAGAGCGGCCGUAGGGGGUGUGUGUGGGGCGUUUCUGCUGCCCCGCCCCCUGCCCCACCCUUCUCUCUCCCUCCUUCCCUUUCACCUUUCUGGAUGCCGCGGCUGCUGGCUCGAAGCCGGAGGCAGAAGUCGACUGGAAGGGAAACCGAGAUGGAGCUGGCGGCGGCGCAGCUCCUGCGCUUCGGCCGAGGCGCCUUGCAGUUAAGAAGAAACUUCUUGACUUGCCUGUCCUCUUGGAAAACUCCUCCUCGUUUCUUAAAAUCUUCCCAAUCAGAAGCUUUAUAUAACGUAUCAGAUAAUGGGGUAACAUUUGCUCCACUUCAAACAUUUACAGAAGAGGAAAUGAUGAUUAAAAACAUGGUUAAAAAAUUUGCGGAGAAACAAGUUGCUCCUUUCGUGGCAGCAAUGGAUGAAAAUUCGCAAAUGGACAAAUCAAUAAUAGAAGGAUUAUUUCAACAAGGGUUGAUGGGUAUUGCAACUGAAACAAAGUAUGGAGGGACAGGAGCUUCAUUUUUUUCCUCCAUCCUAGCAAUAGAGGAAUUAGCAAAGGUUGAUGCAUCUGUAUCUAUUAUGUGUGACAUCCAGAAUACAUUAAUCAAUAAAUUGAUUGGAAGAUUCGGGACAGAAGAACAAAAGGCAACCUACUUGACCAAGCUGACUAAAGACACAAUAGGAAGUUUUUGCCUUUCUGAGGCUCAGGCUGGCAGUGAUGCAUUUGCUUUAAAGACUAAAGCUGAGAAGAAGGGAGACUAUUAUAUCAUCAAUGGGUCCAAAAUGUGGAUUAGCAAUGCAGAAUAUGCAGGAGUUUUUCUGGUGAUGGCAAAUGCUGAUCUUAAUAUGGGUUAUAGAGGAAUUACAUGUUUCUUGAUAGAUCGUGAUACAGAAGGAUUUCAGAUAGGGAAGAAAGAAAACAAAUUAGGACUCAGAGCAUCUUCUACCAAUACAUUGAUGUUUGAUAAUGUUAAGGUACCAGAAACUAAUAUCCUAGGACGGCUUGGCAGUGGGUACAAAUAUGCCAUUGAAAUGCUUAAUGAAGGCAGAAUAGGAAUUGCUGCACAGAUGUUAGGACUGGCACAAGGAUGUUUUGACUAUACCAUUCCAUAUCUUAAAGAAAGAAUACAGUUUGGUGAAAGAAUAUUUUCUUUUCAGGGAAUUCAACAUCAAGUAGCUCAAGCGGCCACGCAGCUCGAGGCUGCAAGAUUGCUGACGUACAAUGCUGCCAGACUUUCACAGACUGGAAAAUCAUUUAUAAAAGAAGCUUCCAUGGCAAAAUACUUUGCAUCAGAGGUUGCUGGACUGACAACUAGUAAAUGCAUAGAGUGGAUGGGUGGAGUUGGGUAUACCAAAGAUUUUCCAGUGGAAAAAUACUUCAGAGAUGCAAAGAUUGGUGUGAUAUAUGAAGGAUCAUCAAAUAUCCAGUUAAAUACCAUAGCAAAAUUGUUAGGUCAAGAAUACUGAGGAUCAUAAGAACAUGAUGACUGUUACUGUAGCCACUUAUGUAAAACAUAAAUCGAGUGCCUUAUAUGGGAAACAGUGGAAUGUUUUCAAGCUGGAAUUGUCUUCUGUACUACUUACGUUCUUUUGGAAUAUAUUGGGUCUCCUGCCUCUUGCUUGUCACCAGUGAUUCAAAGCAGGUAACUUUGCUUCAUGGUGAGCAAAGUUACUUUUUCCCAGCAUUGGGCAAAUUGAGAUAUUUCUUUGAAGUUAAUUAUUACAAAAAUUGUCAUUUCAACUUUAUUUAAAAUCUAUCAUAUUUCUAAUACAGAUUAGAGAAAUUGGUAUUGGAGUACGUUAUUUGUAUUUAAUAUCUUUGCAGAUUCACCAAUGUCUAGUAUAGUGCAUCGAACAUAUUCUAUUUUGCAUAUGAUUUUGAAAGAUUGAAUGCUGG